CUGUGCGCUAAGACGCUCCUCUGUGUCCUUUGUGCUCGCAUCCCUCUCCUCAACUUUAACUACGACUGUACGGAUAUUUUUCCACUGUCAUGGAUGUAUGGGCACUUCACAUUACGGAUCUAUGAAAUGCAAGUUUGUUUGUUUUUUUCCGUAACGACUAACUAAUGGCAAACGGGAGCCGCGCCAGGACGCACCGACUACCACACAAAAACUCCUCAACAUCUGACGUUGUUGGCUGUUUUUCUGUUUGACCUUGCUAAACGAUAAUGUGAACGUCAUUUUCUAAUAUAUAGACGGGUUUUCUAGACCCUCACCAUGCUGUACCUAAUCCUUAAACUUUUAUCUUUGUGGCUGUGUAGCGAAGCCAUAACGGGACAACUGAACGCGCAAGAAAAUAAGUACGAAUCUUUCACCAUUCAAAGCCCCGAAUGGGGCAGUGUCAGCGGGGAGGACGCGCCAGAGGACCGUGGUGACAUCGUCCAGGCCACUGCUUUUGAUGAGGUGAAAGUUUUGAGACAACGGAGUGUCCAAAAUUCUGUGCGUAAAAGUGCGACAGUUGAAAAUGACGCUUUACGCACAGUGAAUCACAGUGAUAGCUCUCAUCUGAACGUUGUAUUUACUGGAAAAAUAGAAGAGAAUGGUAAACAAAUUGGCAACAUUGGCAAAGGGAGUUGGGGUCGCAGCUUACAGGGAAGAAGACGAAGGACUAUCCGUAAGAAGCGAAAAGAGCCGGAUGGAGAGCGCGCACCUGUUGCGAUGGCGCAGGAGAUGGACUCGCCUUUUCUACUCAACACCAGCGACUACGAGGACGGAAUCUCGCUGCUAGACUUUCCCGACAGCACUCCUCUGGCCCCGGUGAGCCUAAGACCGAAAAGAAAGCUACACAAGAACCCGUUUUACCCCGUGACCGCGGAGACGUACGGCGCUUACGCUGUGCUGAUCGUGGCGGGGCUCAUUUUAAGCGUGGGAAUCAUCGGUAACGUGUCGCUGAUGUGCAUCGUGUGUCAUAACUACUACAUGAGGAGCAUUUCCAACUCGCUGCUCGCCAACCUUGCGCUGUGGGAUUUCGUGGUGGUCUUCUUCUGCCUCCCGCUGGUGGUGUUUCACGAGCUCACUAAGGAUUGGCUGCUGGGGGAGUUCUCGUGCAGGAUCAUCCCAUAUUUGGAGGUCGCCUCUUUGGGAGUCACCACAUUCACUUUGUGCGCUCUUUGCAUCGAUCGUUUCCGUGCCGCCAACAACGUGCAAAACUACUACGAGAUGAUCGAGAACUGGGUCUCCACCACCGCCAAGCUGGCCGUCAUCUGGAUCGGGGCUCUCCUCCUUGCCCUCCCUGAGCUACUCAUCCGACAACUGGUCACCGAAGAGACAGACCCCCCCGAAGUCACCACCCCGUGCGAACGCUGUGUUAUCCGAAUUUCCACGGACCUCCCCGAUACAUUGUACGUCCUGGGUCUUACCUACAAUGGCGCGAGACUUUGGUGGUAUUUCGGUUGCUAUUUCUGCUUACCGACGCUAUUCACUAUUUUUUCUUCUCUCGCUACGGCACAUAAAAUUCGCAAGGCCGAACGUAACAGCGUCAGGGGUAGCAAGAAGCAAAUCCAACUGGAGAGCCAGAUGAAUUGCGCUGUGGUUGCCUUGGCGAUUCUAUACGGAUUUUGCGUCAUACCUGAAAACAUUUGUAACAUCUUGAGCACUUACAUGGCUGCCGGUAUUCCUCGUAGGACCUUGGAGAUAUUGAAGUUAGUCAGCCAGUUGAUGCUUUUUUGUAAAUCUGCGGUUACGCCAGUGUUGUUGUUUUGCCUGUGCCAACCAUUCACAAGGGCGAUUUUGGAUUGCUGCUGCUGCUGUUUGGAGGAGUGUGGGCCAGAAAGAUCCCCGGCAACCGCUAGCGACAAUGAUGGCACCGCGACUGAACUUGAACUAUCUCCGUAUAACACAAUUCGCACAGAGGCGCCUUCAACUGCAGCGCAUUCGACUGUCGGGACACACUGUUGAAGGCAAAGUGGUUGCUUGGAUAUUAGGUCAUAAACUAGCAAAGGUUAACUUGAAUUGGCGAUAUGCAACAAAGGCAACUGUCCUGCUAUUGUUUACAAGAAUUCUGAAUGAAAUCGCACAUAUUUAGGUAACAUAAUUUAUAUAGUAUUUUAUUUUUAUUAACUCACUUCAAAUGAUAUGUCUAAGUCCAACCAACGCGCCAACAAAAUGUCACGAUACUCAGUCAUUAUGCACUUAUUAUUUGUAUGUUAUAGAGACUCAAUGUAGCCGUAAGCAUUUUUAUGUGCUAGACCAUUAUCACAUCUUGAAACAUCCUGUAAUCUUAAAAGCACUUACUCAGUUUAACAUGGUGUUAAAACAGAGUGGCACCAAGCUCCUGGCUGCUCUAGAUCUCAGUAUUGCAUCUUUGAGUGGAUGUAUCAAAUGUAUAGUAAUAUAUUGAGAAUGUUAAUGCUGCAGAUUUAGCUGUUUAUGUGAAUUGUGAAUCAUAUUUUGGCUGUUAUUUAUAGUUUUUUUAGGCACAUUACAGCAAAAUGAUUUGUCAUGAAUGGAAGUUAGUCACAAAAGACUGAAAGUAUGUUAUUAAAUAUUUGGAAAC